AUUCAUGCAUGAAAAGAAGCGCUUUACAACAGACGCUGAUAAUUUAUGCAUCACAAAGAAAACAUAAACAGCUAGACAACAAAUUUGCAUCUUUCUCAAGCGAGAAACCAUUCGUUGAACUCUUUAAGGGGUUAGUCGCUGAGUACAGUGUAUGUAAUAGAGCAAGUCCGGUGUUUAGGUAGAAUAAUUAUGCCGAAUACGGUAAAGCGCGGACAAGAACACCGCUGCACACAAACCGAGUUACAAUCGAAGUCAAAAUUAAAAGCCUUUGUUGAAGAAUUGAAAGCCGAGGAGGGCAACUUGGAAGAAAACAAUUUGAAGGAAAGAAGUAAGUUAGAGAAAGACUUAAAAGCAAAAUAUGAACAAGUUAUAGAGACUAAAAACUACUUGAUUAAAAAACUUUCCAAGGAGAACGAAGAUUUGUUGACAGAACUGAGGGAUCCAGCAACAAGGACUCGGUUACGUGAAGGAAUUACGGAGGAGUGGGAUUUGGGGAUAUCUACUCAGCUUCCAAGUGCAAAACUUAAAGAUGACAACAAUUUCGAGACCAUUUUAAGAAUACAGAAAGGGCACUUUUUGAAGACGCUAGAAGAUGAGAGAAUCCGUUACAAGAAUAACCUUCAAAUAGACAGAGAAAAAAUUAGGGAAGAAAUAACACAAGAGUUGAAAAUAAAACAUGCGAAUGAGCGUGAAUCCUUACUCCAGAAGAUUGAGUUGCUCAAAGAGGGUUUGAACGACAUGAAGGCCCAGAAAGUUGAGCUAGAAAAGAUAUUUCAAGGCGAAAAGAAUGCUUUGAAAAUAGAAUACUCACAAAAAGAGAAACAACUUAAAGCGAAAAUGAAACUGGAAUUUGAGCGCAGGAUUAUUCAGGCGCAGAGUCGUGAGUGGUCUACUUCGAGAGUAUGAAAGAGAAAUGUUUCUUUGUAUCAGGCGCACGGUAGUAAACGGUCUACUUCGAGAGUAUAAAAGAGAAAUGUUUGUAUCAGGCGCACAGUAGUGAGUGGUCUACUUCGAGAGUAUGAAAGAGAAAUGUUUAUAUCAGGCGCACAGUAGUGAGUGUUCUACUUUGAGAGUAUGACAGAGAAACGUUUGUAUCAGGCGCAUAGUCGUAAUUGGUCUACUCUCAGAGGAUGACAGAGGAAUGUUUGUAUUUACUGCCGAUGGGGAAAGUAGGGCUGAAGUAUUAUCAAGGAUAAGGUAAAGCUACGUGUAAAACAGUACCAACAUCAGCUCGUUAUUGCGUGCACGGCAACGCUCAGUUUACCACAAGGCCAGGGAAAUGUUGGUUAGCUACUUCACACCCUUUCAACAUGGUCUACAGACAGUACCAGCAUUGCUGAGCCAGUAUUCAGUUGUUUUGUUUAGUAAUGCUUGCGCUGUGUACAGGGGUUGUAGACCUGGCCUCUAUCUGAGGACUGUAAAUGGCUGUCGUAUCACUUGAUGGCAUUGUAUUCCAAUGGUGAUAUGGACCAAACCCAAGAUUGGCUGAGGCUGUGCCCAGUCAUAUCAUGGGAAAAAAAGCAUAGUAUUUUAAGAUUUCCUUAAUAAGAAAUGACCAACUUUUUGGCCGCCAAAGGGGAGAGGGGUGCGCGCACCAUGCGUUCCCCCCCCCUUACCCUGUACACGCCUGUGGAUAAAGUUUUUCUAGCAUGGGAUGGUUGCGCUGGGAAUGCGAGGCGCGAAAAAGGUGCGAGAGACGUCCAUGGUCCCCACUCAUUCCAUGACCCAGCGUACAUUCCAGCGCUCUCCGGAGAUGCGCCGAAUGAUUCUGAAGCCAACAUAACCUGAUGACGGAAUCCUGUCUCCUCCACCUUCCACCGCAACACCCCUCUACUAGCAAUACCAGUUUUAUUCUAUCUCUGGUUGUGAUUUUGUAGCUUUGAUAGCUUACAGUACAGACAAAACGUGAAAAGAAGGGAAACGCUGCUUCCAAUAGUCUCAAUAAUGCUAAUGUUUGUUUGAGGUUAUUGCGGCUAAACUUCGCGGUUUUAAAGUUAUUAAUAAUGCAGCGAGCAUGAGCCAAAUACUUUUCACAUCGUCGUCUAAGUCUUCAAAAUCCUUGAGAAGUUCGAUUUGAAUGGGUUGAAAACGUACAAGCGUGAAUUUAGCAUUUCGUGCUGAUAUAUUUCAGUUAAGCCUCUAUAGAUUGAAACAUUUUUUGGAAUUAUUUUCGGAUUUAUUAUUUUGGGAUUUAGUAAUCAAGUCAAUCUGGAGCUGUCGCGGGCAGAUGUAAAUUUGUCUGAACAAUUUCACCACUUUCGAUCGAUAUCACUUGGCAAAGAGAAGUCUCAUCGGUUAAAACAGGCCAGCAAAGCAAGGCUAUUGUAAGUUCAAUUGAUAAAAAAUAAGCUGUGUAUUCCCAUCCCAGAUACAUCGCUGAAUGUCAACAUACGAUUUUAUACCGGAAGUAAAAUGCGGCAUAUAAGACAGAUUUAUGCGUGCGCAUAUGUGUAAUAACACCGGGUAAUAAUAUGCUAGCUAUAAACACGUGUUAAGGUGAGUGGGAAAUUUCCCUGUUUGUCUGACGGCCAAUCAUUAUCUUUGCUUUGAGAGGGAAGGGAAAGUCCCUAAUACCGAGCUGGUGGUUCGCCCCCACGAGUUGUGGAGAAAGGAUUACGUCAGCAAAAAUGCUUCAAGCCCGGUUUUUAGUAGAAUUAUCAUGCAGAAAACGAAAAAAUACGAACGAAACACCGCUGGAAAAAAAACCUUUGUUUAAGAAUUGGAAGUCGAGAAGGGCAACUUGGAAUAAAAAAAAUACACUCUUUUUUAUAAGAACGUCUAAUUUUCAGUUGAGGCUGGGCCGUUUGGAGCAUUUUAAGGCUGAAAAUGUUGGCGGCCUCAGUCUUUCAAGACGUCGGUCACUGUAUUAUUUUACCACGGCAAAAAAGUCCGCGUUUUCCAUUAAUUUUCUAAGUAAGAAAACGUAUAGAAAAUCCGCAAUAAUCUUGAAUAUUCUUUGGAUUUUCCCGUCUUUGUAAAAUUGGAGUAUUUCCAUGGCGUUUUACUCGCAUUUUCCACAUCAGAUAAUCUCACAUUUUCAGGCUCUGUUAAUCUGAGAUAUUCCAGGCAUUUUCCUCGCAUAUUCCUUUGCAAGUAAAUUUGGAAAAAUCCAUCGCGUUUUCCCGGAGUUUACCAAAAAGAAAAACCCGAGUAAUCCAAAGCUUUUCCUGAACAGAAAACGCAUGGAAAAUUAACCCCGUAUAAUAACCCCGUUUGGUCUCAUUUUCCUCGCAUUUUCCUUGGUAGGAAAAUUUGGAAAAAUCAAUCGCGUUUUCCCGGCGUUUACCGAGAAGAUAACGCGAGUAAUCCAAAGAUUUUACUGACUAGAAAACGCAUGGAAAACUAACCCCGUAAAAUAACCCCGUUUGGUCGCAUUUUCCUCGCAUAUUCCUUGGCAAGAAAAUGUGGAAAAAUCCAUCGCGUUUUCCCGGCGUUUACCGAGAAGGAUAUCGCGAGUAAUCCAAAGAUUUUCUGACCAGAAAACGUAUGGAAAAUUAACCUCGUAUAAAAACCCGGUUUGGUCGCAUUUUCCUCGCAUAUUCCUUGGUAGGAAAAUUUGGAAAAAUCAAUCGCGUUUCCCCGGCGUUUACCGAGAGGAUAACGCGAGGUCCAAAAAAUUUUCCUGUCUAUAAAAACGCGUGAAAAAUUAACCCCGUAAAAUAACACCGUUUGGUCGCAUUUUCCUCGCAUAUUCCUUGGUAGGGAAACUAUGGAAAAAUCCAUCGCGUUUUCCCGGCGUUUACCGAGAAGGAUAACGCGAGUAAUACAAGAUGCAAGAUGCCGGUUCCUUGCCUGAAAUAGAUCCUCUCGACAAAUUGGCGGAGUUGUGGGGUCUGGCUUUGGGCUACCUGUGAAUGCAUGGCGCGAGUACUGGGUCCAGUGGGUGGAAACGAGGCAAAAUUCAAAUUCAAAAGAGAACUCGGUUGGAUCAGUCUUUGUGAGGUUUAUAGCGGUUUUCAGCUGAGUUUUUGCGAAAAUUUCUCUACAACAGCUAUAGAAACUGGCCUUUAACCAUGCUCAAGGAGAAUUCAAGCCAAAGUGAAAUGAAAUAACACCAAACGACUUUUGCCACAGAGGAGAGAGAAGCAAAGCCAGGAUGCAACAUGAUGAUGGGUUAUCCAGCUCGUGCUUUGAAGACCUUGGGGUCUUUAUAUCAACAACUAGAUGUAAGGCAUGAAGGGACAUGUUUGCUUCAAUUGUAGACUCUGGGAUUGUCAGUAAGCAAAGCACCAGGAGACAUUAUAGAGGCUCUCCAUGGUUGGAUCACUGGAAAACCUGAGUAGUAGUAUCUAGAAUUUCAUGGCAUUUUAUACAGCCCUUCUUGCCAUGCAUCUACAGUAAACACCCGCAACAAGAACCUACUUUUUUUCUCAGUUACUAUAGCCUAAGUGGUGCUCAGUGAUGUUUUAGGCUAUUUACUAUAGGCUCUUCCUCUUAUAGUAGAUUCUUAUUUUUAUAUGAAGUUAUGGUAACAUUGUCUGGCAGACUUAUUGGUGUAGAUUGUAAAAAGAGCCUUCUAAUUUUUCUUUUUUUUCCUGACCAUCCUCAUCUCUAAAAUUGUGAACCAAAUGCUUGGCCUAAGAGGUUCUUAUACAAAAAUGGGGUUCAAAUUUGAACAUUUUAGGCCAACAGGUUCUUAUACACAGAUGCUCACUGCAGUUGUAAAAGUUCAAUAUGUUCUAUUUAAAAAAGAUCUUUCUUUUUGGACCCUCACCUUGUGGCAUUUAUUUAUUUAGUAAUGCUCAUUUAGUUAUUUUUUAUCGAAUGUUUUUAGAGAAGCUCAGCGAUUUUACUAAGUAGGAGAGGUAUUGCACAGUACCUUUUAUACGGAAAUUAUAUUAUUGUUACUAGAAAUGAGGGGGUUAUUAGGUAUUCUUUUACUUUCCAAUUGUUUAUGCGAAUAAUACUUAUUUAUUUGGGAGCGAUUACAAGUUGUUAUUUAAUAACGAACUAAUGAACGAUUAUAAUGACAUGCUGUUUGUUCAAAGUAUGAGACUAUUUUUAUAGUAGAUAGGAUUUUAAGCAGGGAACGUUUACAAGAAACUAUUUAUGUGCUAUGUUGUAAAAUUACGAUACGAUGUACCCUGAACCCAGAGCCUCGAGCGUCUCUCUAUUCAGUGGCCAGCGAGGUAAAAAGAGAGACGCUCGAGGCUUUGGAACCAGGGUAGAUACGAUGUGACAUGUUAAAUAAAUUUGAAGUUUAUCAA